ACCUCCGUGUCACCCUCCUCCACCCUCAAGCCUCCAUCCUCCAUCCUCCAGCCACCAGCGGGUCUGCGCAGCAUGUCGAACUCGGAGCGGGUCGUGUUGGUCCUGGGGGGCGCCGGGAUCGUGGGCUCCGGGAUCGUUAAAGCCCUGCUGGAUAAAGGUUUCAGAGUGGCAGUGAUCUCCAGGGACAGCGGUCGGCUGGAGAAGCUUCGCUCCUUUGUGUCCCCCGACACGAGGGAGCAGCUCACCACCAUGGUGGGAAACGUUGGGUCGGAGGAGGAGGCGGAGCAGGCCAAACAGGCGCUGCUGAAGGAGGUGGGGAAGGUGACCGACGUGGUGUCGUCUCUGGGCUUCAGCUGGUGGCAGGGCGGACCACCACACACACAGAGCCUCAAAGACCUACACUGGGUCAUCGACACGUUGCUUUACAGCACCUUCGUGUCGUGGAAGACCUUCUUCCCUUUAGUGAGGGACGACCCGGAGCGGACCUACACCUUCAUCACAGGAGGAGCCGGAGAGAAGCUGCUGAUGCCCGGGACGGGCUUUCUGACGGUGGGAGCUGCCAGCGCGCUCGCCUUCUGUCAGGUGCUCAGGGAGGAAUACCCCGAGCUGCCCUGCAAACUCAACCAGGUGAGGAUUGACGCUGGCGUGGCCUCCCCAGACCGCAUGACGCCCGGCUACCUGAACCACCUGGACCUGGGCCAGGCCGUGGCGGCGCUGGUGGAAAGGCGAAACGCCUCACACAAAGUGGUGAACGUCACCUCCGCCGACGACCUAAAGACUGUCAUUCAGGACAAGGCGCUUUAGACACGGGACACCCUGCUGGAGCGCCAAGUCUCUGAUGUCCACCAAACAUCUGUCCGUCCAUCCAUCCAUCCAUGCUGUAUAUUUUCUUAUCUGCUCUCAAAAAGAGUUGUUUCUUCUGUUUUGUUGUGCGUGCUCUGCCAUGUGAUUUGUCUGUAAAAAAUAAAUAAAAACUGA